GGUGGGAUCUAGCGCUCUCUCCUCCCAGUCUCCUCCACGGAAGUAGACGUAUCCCGUCUAUAUUCCGUUCUUAUUUUUUUUAUUUUUUAUAUAAACCCCUUUGCCCUCAAAACCCACGAUGGACGAUUAAACCGGAGAACGGGUCCUCGAUUCCACCCGUCUUUCCUUCUGCUUGGAUCGAGAGGACCGGAUGAAACCCAACUGUGGUUUUCUCCGCUUCGCAGGGGAGGUAGCUGUAUCCAGUGGGGAGGUAGGCUCAACCCGGGGAGGACACCAUGAAGAUGGCCCAACCCUGGGGACGCCAGAGGCUGUCUUUUCUCCUGGAGAAGGCCGUCUCUAGGGAAGCCAAGAUGUGGAGGGGCUACGUGCCAAAGAGGCCCUCCUCCCAGGAUACAGACAUCUCCCCGACUCAGCGGGACGAGGCCGUUCGCUGGCUGACGGAGCUCCACGGUCGACUGCAGCUCUACCCGGAGACCCUGGUGUUAGCCGUUAGCAUUCUGGACCGCUUCCUCACUCCCAUCAAGGCCCGUCCAAAGUACCUGCGCUGCAUCGCCAUCGCCUGCUUCUUCCUGGCUGCUAAGACCUGCGAGGAGGACGAGUGCGUCCCAACGCUGAAGGAGCUGGCUGCCUCCAGCGGCUGCGGCUGCUCCCCGUCGGAGAUCCUGAGGAUGGAGAGGCUGAUCCUGGACAAGCUGGACUGGGACCUGCACACCGCCACCGCGCUGGACUUCCUGCACAUUUUCCACGCCGUGGCGAUGUCGUGGCGGUCUGGCUUUGUGGACGCGGCGUCGGGACUGAACCGCUCUCAGCACCUGGCCCUCCUCACACGGCGGCUCUACACCUGUCUGGCCGACCACCGUCUCAUGCAGCUCAGAGGAUCCAUGCUGGCCUUGGCCCUCAUCAGCCUGGAGCUGGAGACCUGCUGUCCUGAUUGGCUGGCUCUCACCAUCGACCUGCUGAAGAAGGCUCAGACGGACAGCUCGGCACUGAUCCGCAGCAGAGAGCUGGUUGCACGUAGUCUGUCCACACCGAGAGCUUCCCUGCCUCCCAACACGGUUUACAUCUACCAACCCCUGCAGCUCGCCGCCCCGGGGCGCCCGCUCACCCUCCGCUCGCUGGGGACCAUGGAGACCUCCAGGGACCAACCCGCCCCGCCUCACACUGCGGCUGCUGGAGAGGAGAGCCCCUCCCCUGAACACCUGAACCUCCUGCAGAAGCUCCCCCUGCGCUGCAAGGCGUCCACCAAACGCAAGGUGGAGCAGAUGGACGUGGACGACUUCUACGACGGCAUCAAACGCCUCUACAACGAAGACUUCACCUCCGCCGUCCAUGAGGGGGCGCCGCCCACCGCGGGGUGCGUCGGCAGCGCCUCCCCCUGCCCUCCUCUGCAGCCGGUCGGCGCCUCGUAGCCACGCUGAGGCGGCUUCUGCUGAGGAGGAGGAGGAGGAGGAGGAGCGCGGCGGGACGGCGAGCCGUUCAGCUGGAACUGACGUCAGCUCCCAUCAUGCCUUUCAGCUGGAAGACAGAGCCUGAAAAGUAAACAAAAAAAUCAACUAAACCUCCAAAAUGUAUUUAAAAAAAAAACUUCCUCUGCUUCUGAUGUAAUGAAUCUGUUUGUUCAUCACAAAUAAGAAAUUACAAAAGCAUAAAAAAAAAACUAUAAACUAUAAAGUUUCCCUAAAAAAACAAACUUCCUCACCUUAACGUGUCGCUGCUGGUGGAGAUUUCUCCUCGAAUGUUUAAUUUAUAUUUGUUGAUCUCGUCUUCCUGUUGUUUGGGUUUCUAACCCCUCCUGCAUGUUUCCCUCCACAUUUAGACCCUCUUCACUAAAAAUAAGACUUUAACUGCACUACUCACCACACCUUAGUGCCAUCAUGUAAAGUUACGUAAGAAAACUAAACUUUAGCUGCCAAACGCUGUUUUUUUUUAUUUUAUUUUAGUUAUUUAGGCGUGAAUGCAUGAGCCGUACGUCGUUGCUUGAAGGCUGUUCUGGUUAAAUGAAGUCCGUGCAUUUUUAAAAUGAACCCCCUGGUUUCCCCUGCGAAUGUGUCGAGGUUUGAGGAGCUUCCAGGAGACCAUCUUCCUCCCUGGUUCUGAUGUCUUCACCUCCUGCACUUCUGUUUUAAAUAAUUUUUCUCUGUGUGGAAUAAAAAAAGAAGCUCUGUUGUUCCUGCUGAAGGAGCUGCUGCUGGCUGCUUCAGGACCCUGAACACCCAAUAAAAACCUUACAACCAGA